GACAGCAGAUUCAGCGGCGCUCUCUCUCUUUCUCUUUCACUCACACGGACUGAGGGGCACCGGGCACUGCCUGAGAGACUGCACCGGAACUUACCGAGCGCCAGCCGUACACAGGACGCCUCGCACCACGCACCCCUGGCACAGUCAUCCUUCGCUGGGACAUGCUACUGGAAUAGGCCGGUGAUCCCCGGGCCUCCCCUCCCCGGAGCCCGGACACAGCGCCCCGGAGACACAGCCCGGGCCCCGGGGAGAGGCCCCGCAGGCGGACAUGUCUGGGAAAAUCGAGAAAGCAGACAGCCAAAGAUCCCAUCUUUCCUCGUUCACCAUGAAGCUGAAGGACAAGUUCCAUUCCCCCAAAAUAAAGCGGACGCCUUCGAAGAAGGGGAAGCCCGCGGACCUGACGGCCAAGCCGGAAGAGAAGCCCGUCAACAAAACCUUAAGCAGGCUAGAGGAGCAGGAGAAAGAAGUGGUGAACGCUCUGCGCUACUUCAAGACAAUCGUGGACAAGAUGUCUGUUGACAAGCUGGUCCUGCUCAUGCUCCCCGGUUCAGCUAGCAAGGUCCUGGAAGCCAUUCUGCCUCUAGUGCAGGCAGAUACCCAUUCUCAGCAAAGCACCGCCAUCUCGUCCUGCUACAGCCGCGUCUACCAGUCUCUUGCCAAUCUAAUACGCUGGUCUGACCAAGUAAUGCUGGAAGGUGUGAACUGCGAGGACAAGGAAGUGGUGACGACCGUGAAAGACGUCAUAAAGGCCGUUCUGGAUGGCGUUAAGGAGCUUGUACGCCUCAUGAUAGAGAAGCAAGAACGCCCAUCGGCUACUACACCAGCGAAGCCCACCUUGACUGCAUGCAGCACAGACAGCAUGCAAGAGCUGCCGUUGUCCGAUCGCGAGCUGGAAAUCCUCAACAAGUCCCCAGAGACCUGUCAGGAGGUACAGAUAGACUGCGUGGACGCAGAUGACGCGGCGCCUCCGAAGCCCCCGCUGCCUGGGAUCAGAGUGAUGGAACACAGCCCGCCCCCCGCCUUACCUCCAAAGAAGAGACAGUCUGCGCCUUCUCCCACUCGUGUGGCCGUGGUUGCGCCCAUGAGCCGAGCCACGAGCGGAUCUAGCUUACCCAUCGGGAUCGGUAACCAGGAUUUUGAGGUUGACUGCUACGCGCGGCGCAGGUUAUCAGGCGGAAGCCAGUCGUACGGCGGGGAGUCUCCGCGGCUGUCGCCCUGCAGCAGUAUAGGGAAGCUGAGUAAAUCGGACGAGCAGCUCUCCUCCUUGGACAGAGACAGCGGGCAGUGCUCCCGAAACACGAGCUGCGAGACUCUGGAUAAUUAUGACCCCGACUAUGAAUUCCUGCAGCAAGAUCUUUCAAGUGCAGACCAAGUUUUAGGUCAGGUGACUGGUGUCCUAAGUCCUCUCCCCGAAUCUUUGGGGGAGUCUGGGUCCCCAUUUCAAGCACAGAGCUUCCAGCUGCCUCCGCACCCUGAGCUCAGCAACUCCUCGGCUAUGGAAUUGCCUCCCGCGCUACCCGAGAAGAAGAGAAGAAGCGCCGUCUCCCAGGUCGCAGAUGGAACCAUUGGCAACCGCGUCUCCUUCGAGCGGCAUCCCUCUCAGUACGACAAUAUCUCGGAGGACGAUUUGCCUCCGCAUGCCCCCAGUGGUACUCCUUUUGCUGCUGUCCCACCCUUCCAGCCAGGGAAUAUCUCCCAGGUGGAAUUCCUGGCUGGCUUUGCUCCUGCCGAGUCUGAUGGGAUUCCAGAGAGUCCUCCGCCUCUUCCCGAAAAGAAGAACAAGCAUAUGAUGACCUACAUGCGUUUCGUGGAAGACUACUCUGAGCCCCAGCCGUCGGUUUUCUACCAGACCCCGCAGAACGAACACAUCUACCAGCAGAAGAACAAACACCUGAGAGAGGUUUAUGGCUUCAACGACUCAUUCAACAGCUCCGACACGGGCCAUGAAAGAGCCCCGCCGCCUGCUUUACCCCCUAAACAGAGACAGAUGUUCUCCCAGCAGGCCUCCUUUGCUGCCUCUUCCUUCUCCUCUGUCUCGUACUGUGCGCAGCCAACCAAAGGGGUCUUCGCACCCGAGGACACCGGCCUCCCUCAGGGCAUCAGUCUGUCCGUCUCUAACUGCUUUCUGAGCCGGCACGGCUCCUUUCCCGUGCCUUCGUACAAGUCAGUUUUCCGUUCCUACUCCCAAGAUUUCGUCCCUCCCUGCCAGGCUCCUGCCCUUCCCGUGCUCGGCCCUGCCGUCUUCUACCCCUCUCCCUACUCCCCAGUGCUAGCGGAUUCUGCACCCCCAGCCCCUUUCUGCCCUCCCCCACCCCCCUCUCAGAGCGGCAGCUCCUGCGGGACCCCUUCUGCCUGCCUUCCCUUCGAGCCCCCUCUCUCCGGCUCUCUCCAGUCUUCAGCGAAUGAAAAUGCCGGUGAGGAGACCGGUGAAUACGGUGAAUACGUCAACAGUUACUCCUCCGGGCAAAGCAAUGGAGUGCUCCCUCCGUGUGAAACGCCUUUGGGGAAUGACGGCCACCAGUGCGGCCCCUCGUCGCAGCCCUGUAUCCCUGGCAAAGACGGCCACGAAGCUAUGGAGAGGCCACCAAAGUCCCCGGAUGGACAGGACGACAAGCAGGAGAAGGCAGAGGAGGGCGAAGAGACCGACGAACUGUCCCUCGUCGAUCACAACGAGAUCAUGGCCAAGCUGACCCUGAAGCAGGAGGGAGAUGACGGACCGGACGUGAGAGGAGGCUCCGGCGAUAUCUUACUGGUCCACGCCACAGAGACGGAUCGUAAAGAUCUGGUUCUGUAUUGUGAAGCCUUCCUGACUACCUACCGGACCUUUAUCUCCCCAGAAGAGCUUAUACAGAAGCUUCAGUACAGAUAUGAGAGGUUCUGUCACUUCCAAGACACUUUCAAGCAGCGCGUGAGCAAGAACACCUUCUUUGUGUUGGUGAGAGUUGUGGAUGAGUUAUGCUUGGUGGAGCUGACCGAGGAGAUCCUGAAGCUAUUGAUGGAACUCGUUUUCCGUCUGGUGUGUAAAGGGGAGCUGAGCCUGGCGCGCGUGCUUAGAAAGAACAUUUUACAAAAAGUGGAGAACAAGAGGAUGUUGGCCGAUGCCAACUCUGUCCCGAAGCCUCUGGCUGCCAGGGGGGUGGCUGCGAGACCAGGGACCCUGCACGAUUUUCACAGCCACGAAAUCGCUGAGCAGCUGACCCUGCUGGAUGCUGAACUCUUUUACAAGAUAGAGAUCCCCGAGGUCCUGCUCUGGGCCAAAGAGCAAAAUGAAGAGAAGAGCCCGAAUCUGACACAGUUUACAGAGCACUUUAACAACAUGUCCUAUUGGGUCCGGUCAAUCAUCAUGCUGCAGGAGAAGGCCCAGGACCGCGAGAGAUUGCUGCUUAAAUUCAUCAAAAUCAUGAAGCACCUGAGGAAACUGAACAAUUUCAACUCCUACCUGGCGAUCCUGUCCGCGCUCGACUCCGCUCCCAUCCGCAGGCUGGAGUGGCAGAAACAGACAUCGGAGGGCCUGGCUGAAUACUGCACUCUGAUUGACAGCUCGUCCUCGUUCCGAGCCUACAGAGCAGCGCUUUCCGAAGUGGAGCCUCCGUGUAUACCUUACCUGGGCUUGAUCCUACAGGACCUCACCUUUGUACAUCUGGGUAACCCAGACUACAUUGAUGGCAAAGUGAACUUUUCCAAACGGUGGCAGCAGUUUAAUAUCCUGGACAGUAUGAGACGCUUCCAGCAGAUACAUUACGAGGUCCGCAGAAACGAGGAAAUCAUCUCUUUCUUUAAUGACUUCAGCGACCACCUGGCCGAGGAGGCUUUGUGGGAGCUGUCCUUGAAAAUUAAGCCGCGCAACAUCACGAGGAGAAAAACAGAGAGAGAAGAGAAAACUUAAGUGCAAGUAGGUGGGACUGAAGAAGAAGGGUGGGCAACGUCCACGAUGCGGUGGGAGGCCGCCAAGCAGAAACCAUAGAAGACGUCCAAGAGACUCGUUGUUUACGGAUUCUUAUCGCCGUCUCUUGGAGGACUCUUCCUGAAGACCCCCCCCCCCAAAUCAUUUGUGCAAUGGAGGAUGGACAGAGCUGUGCCGCGUCGGUCUUCAUUGUGUUCUGCUUGGUGUUUUUGGUGUGACUAAAGAGUCACCCCCAACUAUUUGGACAGUAACUGACAUAAACGAACGAGACAAAAAAACGACAUAACAAAGAAAAAAACUUUACAAUCGCACAUUUCCCGGUUAUUUUUGUAUUUUAUUUUGUGUGUUUUGGGUCAUCCCCCCCCCACCAUUACAUUCCCUCCCCAGCAGAGAGCUCUUGUGGCUCCUGUAAAUAUCAGUAUUCUGUUCUAGGAGGGAGGGAGCUUUAAUGUGAUAUGUAUGAUAUAUAUUUUUUUUAUGCUCUUGCAUGACUGGGAGUGAAAUGUACAUACCGGAAUAAUAAUAAAAAGCCCAGAAAAUAAA